AUGGCUACCACCACAAUCGAGACCACAGCCCCCGUCUCGGCGUUUACAACGGUGCAGCUGAUGACACCGGAUGGACCUGUUUCCCGCCGUGUACGCUGUGGGGCGCCCCGUACUCCGACCCUGGAUGAAAUGCCCGUUAUCGACCUCAGCUCGCUUGAUGGGGAUGCGACUGAGCGCAAGGCCAUCGCCACCAAAAUUAAAGCGGCGGCUGAGAAUACUGGCUUCUUUUAUGUCAAAAAUCAUGGGAUUCCUCAGGAAUUGAUCGAGCAAGCUCUCGAACAGUGCAAGGCCUUUUUCGACCAAGAGCAAGAAGCUAAAGAUCGGGUCUCUUUUGAGAAAGCGGGCAAGUUCUGUGGUUAUCACGGCGUCGGAAGCACCCAGAUUAAUAAUCAGGAGACAAGAGACAAGAAGGAAACUUUCUCUAUGCGAUAUGACACUCGCAUCGACCAAACCCACGAGUGCACCGAUGAUAUCAACUCCAACUUCUCGUCCACAGAUUAUGUCUGGGACGGGACAAGCCAUCUCACAAAUUUCCGCCCUGUACUCACCGAGUUCUAUCAAAAGCGUCUUACCCUCGCCCGUAAACUCAUCCGCUUAUUCGCCCUUGCUCUCGACCUACCCGAGGAUUACUUUGACUCCAUCAUCACCACUCCCGGUGCCGAUGCAGUACACAUUCACUACCCCGGCACCGAUGGCAACGCCCAAGAAGUCGACGUGGGUAUUGGCUCACAUACUGACAUUCAGUGCGUGACUCUGCUCUGGCAGGACAUGUCUGGUGGUCUGCAGGUUCUCUCGGCAGACGAUGAGUGGCUUGAUGCCCGGCCGAUCGAGGGGACCCUUGUCAUCAACAUCGGUGACUUUCUACAGAGACUCUCGAACAAUCGGUUUAAAUCGACCGUUCAUCGGGUGUAUAACCGGCAGAAGACAUCUCGCUACGCUAUGCCCUUCUUCCUGGGAUUCAACCCCGACGCAGUCUGCGAAGUUCUGCCGACCUGUGUUGAUGAAAAGCAUCCACCCCUCUAUGAGCCGAUUUCAUGCGGCAAGGGCGCUGGUAACUUGGCGCUCGCAAAACCGAGUGAAAGGAUGCAGUCAGACACAGGUAGUGGAGUCUGGGACUCUCGGUUCGCUGACACGUCAGAUGCAGCUCUCGCGUGGACGCCAGCGUCGGCCUCGACUGGCGAUUCUGAGACAGACAACAUCUUGCAAGACAUUCUAAUGAUAGUACGCAAUGAAUUACCAUACGUUCAGCCCGAGUUCCUCAAAUUUGAUAGUCGCCUGGGUAAUGGAACUAGCUUUGAGGUUAACAAGGAGCUCUUUGGCUUGACUGGCGAGCAGCCCUACUUCGUUGCUGUCAAACGCCUCUGUAUGGACCACGCGACAGGCGGCACCAAACAGACACACAAACGAAUUCAGCAAUCUUCAAAGCGUCUGAUUAACGUCAAGCGUGAAGUCCGGGUCCUCACGCACCCCAGGCUGCGAUCCCAGAGCUGCCUAAUCUCAGCCAUCGCUUGGGGCUGGGAACCAGAUCUAGCUUUUGGCAACCGACCUUAUCUAGUCAUGCCUUACUCGCCGCAUGGCACUCUCGCCACUUUCUCCCAGAAAAGGAGCCUAAAUCUAAUCGACAGGCGUUUCCUGGCCCUGGAUGUUGCCAUGGGCAUCCGUGCGCUGCACGACAGCGACAUUGUGCAUGGAGACGUCAAGCCUGACAACGUCUUGGUCUAUGGCUAUUUCACGCGAGAUAAAGAUGAAGAUCGCCAUUAUCUAGCCAAACUGGCCGACUUUGGGUGUGCUUUGUUCAAACAAGACUUUGAGCAACAGCACGAAUACUACCUCGGGACGCCCAGAUAUAACGCUCCCGAAAUUUGCGGUUGGACGAAAGACACUGACGAGGAGUCUCUGAUUGAAAAGAUUCCCGUGUUUACAAGGUACAAAGCUGCUGACUGCUAUUCUUUCGGCCUUGUUCUUUGGGAAACUAUCACGCAUGCCAAGUCAUUCAUUGAACCUGCUUGGCUCAGCCCUGGAGAAACUGCCUUGGGUUUCCUGGAACGCUCAUUUUACACUAAGGAAAAUGCUAUUUUGGAGCUUGCUACCGAGUCUUUGCGCUCGGAACAAAGGUAUGUAGAAACGGUUGAAAACAACGACUUUAAGCCGUCUGCUGGCGUGCCUUCAUACCCAUCAAAUCCGACGAACACAGGGCUGAACGGGUACUUUGGUGAAUGGACUCAACUUCGCAAGGGCCUAGACGCUAUAGGCGCACCGCCAGAUUCACAGUCUUUCCAAGUGUUCGAGGCAACGGUCGCCUUGUGCUUACAGGAGAGAAUUUCGCGUCGAGGCAAUAUCCAUCAAAUUGUCGAAGCACUCUCCAAGGGAGUCAAGUAA